AUGCAACAGAAGAUUAAAAUAGAACUUGAUAGAUUGGUAUCUAAAGAAAUCCUAAUUCCGGUUAAGUCAUCUGAAUGGGCGACGCCUAUAGUUCCAUCGUUAAAAAAAGACGGAACAGUCCGCAUUUGCGGAGAUUAUAGUGUCACCGUUAAUAAAAAUUUACUAGUUGACGAAUAUCCUUUACCCAAACUCGAAGAAUUAUUCUCAUGUUAUGACCGUAUGUCGGGUAUGACGGUAUUUUCGAAAAUCGACCUAAAACAUGCGUAUUUACAAUUACAAGUAUGCGAAGAGCAACAAAGCUUGCUUACACUUGCGACUCACUGCGGUCUUUACAAACCUACAAGGUUAAUGUUCGGUAUAGCGUCCGCUCCGGCUAUUUGGCAACGUACUAUAGAAGAAAUCCUUCGCGACAUAGAUGGUCUUAAAAUUUUCCUCGAUGACAUUCGUAUUGCAAGCCGUACUAAGGAGGAGCACAUUAAAAAAUUAGAUUUAAUCUUCAAACGAUUGCAUGAUUAUAAUAUUCAAAUCAAUCUAGAGAAAUGUGAAUUUUUCAAAAAUAGGAUUCAUUUCUGCGGGUACAUAGUUGAUAAAAACGGAAUUAACAAGGAUCCGGAAAAAUACGCGGCAAUAGAAAAUAUGCCUAAACCGAAAAACAAAUCAGAAGUACGUGCAUUUUUGGGUUUUGUUACAUAUUACGCACGAUUUAUAAAAAACUUGGCGGCAAUCUUACAUCCUUUGCACAACCUAUUAAAAGAUAACGUACCUUUCAACUGGAAUAGGCAAUGCGAAGACGCGUUCACCCAGGCUAAACGAGCGUUUUGUGAAAAUAAAAUUUUGGCACAUUAUGAUCCGCAGUUGCCAUUAAUUUUAGCUGUAGAUGCAUGCAGUUAUGGGGUGGGCGCAGUCCUUUCGCACGCUUAUCCCGACGGAUCAGAGAGAAUUAUUCAAUGCGCUUCUCAGAAACUGAACGAUACACAACAGAAAUAUGCAAAUAUUGAUAAAGAAGCUUACGCUAUCAUAUUUGGCAUUAAAAAAUUUCACCAAUAUUUAUUUGGAGCUAAGUUCACUCUUAUAACGGAUAAUCAGGCUUUGACGCGUAUCUUUUCACCGGAUAAAAACCUACCUACAUUCGCAGCACUACGUAUGCAACAUUACGCUUUAUUUUUGCGCGCCUACAAUUACGAAAUACGGUACAAAAACUCUGCGAAAAAUGCUAAUGCGGACGGCCUGUCAAGACUACCUCUAGAGAUCGGAAACAACUACACACAUGACGUAGCGGAUAUUUUCUACUUGGAGUCGAUGGAACUUCUGCCUAUUACGGCGAAGGAGAUCGCGGAAUGCACAAAAACAGAUACAGAAUUGCAAAAAAUUUAUAAGGAAAUUACAAAACAGGGCAAUCGGUCAAAAAAACAAAAUGCUAACGUAGAAGAAUUUUCAAUUUGCAAUGAUGUCAUCUUGCGUAACGAUAAAGUGGUUGUACCCGAAAAACUCAGGGGAAAAAUUCUGCGCGAACUGCACUGGGGACAUUUCGGUAUUGUUAAAAUGAAGAGUUUAGCACGCAAACUUGUAUGGUGGCCGUCGAUAAAUAAAGAUAUUGAGAACCUUGUAAGAAAUUGUACAUCCUGUAAUCUGCACAGGAAUAACCCAGCAAAGGUCAAUACUCAUGUUUGGGAAGAAGCGGAAAAUGUUUUCGAUAGAGUACACAUAGACUUUGCCGGGCCAUUCCUGGGUAAAACAUUUUUGAUUUUAGUCGAUGCUUACUCGAAAUUCCCUAUUGUAAGAAUAGUCAAUACAAUGUCAUCAGAAAAUACCAUCCUAGUUUGUAGAGAAAUAUUUAGCGAAUUCGGAAUGCCGAAAGUCAUUGUCACGGAUAACGGUAGAACCUUCACAUCUAGUGAAUUUAAGUAUUUCAUGCGAGAAAUAAAUUGUACGAUUAAAUAUACAGCGCCAUACUACCCUGCCACAAACGGGCAGGCGGAAAACAUGGUUAAAACGGUAAAAAACGGGUUAAAGAAACUAUGCGAAGAAAAUAAAUCAAUACACGAAAAUCUAUGCAAAUUAUUGCUGCAAUACAGAAUAAGCGUACAUUCACAGACAGGGAAAGUUCCCGCGGAACUAUUUUUUGGUAGAAAAGUAAAUUCGCAUUUAGAUUUCAUACACCCUAUGUACAAACAAAUUGCGGCUCAUGUAAAACACGACGAAUGCAAGAAAUUUUUUCGUGUGGGAGAGAGAGUGAGUGUACGAGACUACGUUGGAAAGAACAAAUGGCUUUUGGGGAAGGUAGAAUCUAAACUAGGUAUUUUACAUUACAAAAUUAAAUUAGAUAAUGGCAAUACUGUACGAAGACAUGUAAAUCAAAUGUUAAAAAUCGGAGAAAAUAUCCCUGCGAUAGAUACAGACAGGGUGCAAUAUUACCCUCCUCCACCAGUUAUCGAUACUCAAAAACCCCUGCGAUAG